AUGGGUUCAACUUCCCAGAAUGUUUUAGUAACUGACGAUGAACAUUUGCCAAAUCUGGAUGUUAAUUGGCUGAUCAGAUCAAAAAAAAUAGAUAAAGCUUGGCAACAAAGUAUAAAAAAUACUCCGAAAGAACUUCAGGAAAAAUUAACUGAUGAUAUCCCUUUACAUACAGGAAAUGUCGCAGCUAAUAUUGAUGAAGUUGGUAAUAAUGUAAACUCGGCUCCUCUUAAAGAGUGCUCAAGAAGGAGAUCAGUUUCGAUUUCGAAUUUUAAACAGAACAAAAGUGAUUCAGUUGCUGUAGUGAGUGAUGAUGAAGACUACGAUACCGAAGAAGAAGAUACAGACUCAAACAUGCCAAUUAGAAGGACAAAGUCCUUAUCGAGUGCAGAGACUAACCGUAGAAAGCAGAUCGAUGAUGAUAUGAUGUCGAAAACAAAACCUAAAAAGCCAGGUUUUUUUAAAGGUUUGUUUGGAUUAAGGAAAACUAAACCAGAGACUGACGAUGACAGAAGUCCAGCACAGAGAAGUAGAAGGUCAAGCACAAUAGAACCAAAAUCCGAUAGUAACGUGAAACCAAGUAGUAAUACAUCUUCUCGUAGUGGAAGUAGAAGACCUUCAACAGCUCCUCAAAAUUUCAAAAAAAUAUCAAAUCCAUCAAUUUCUACAGUUUCUUUGGAAGGAAAUAGCCCCAAGCUAAACACACGAAACGAAGAAAGACCAUGUUCAAUUUCACCUGAGAGAAACAGUGAAAGAGACCUUACUACGGUUGAUAUGAAACUACUCGAAUUUAUAGAUUACUAUAGGAAAAAUGGCUACAAGACCAAUUCGUUUAACAAAAAUUCUAUUAUCAAACAAAAGUCAUCGAGAAGAAAAGGUGCCACAUUCUCUGUAUCAGAGGCAUUCCAUUCAUCGGACGACGACGACUCUGAUCCAGAAAAUAAUAACUCUAAAAACAAGAAUAAUAGAGUCGAUGCAAAGGGUAGACCAUUGCCUUCACUUCCUUCAAAAUCAAAGUUUCGUCCCGCAUUGAAAGGUUAUAAAGUUGAUAAGAAGAGUCCGGAACCUUCUUCAGGUUCGAGUGAUGAUUCAAACCUAUCAGUAACCAACAAUCCUAGUUCGCCAACUAACGGCUCAUCUAGCAGAUUUGGAAAUUUUUUGAGGAAAGUUAGAACAGGAAACAUUUCAAAGACAAAUUCAGAAGAAUUAGAAUCACUUUCAGAUAAGAUUAAAAUUGAUUUAGAUGUUGUACCUGGGUUGGAUGAAUGUAAGCCACUUAAACAUGUUGCUUUUGCAACUACAACAUACUUUAAUGAUCCUCCACAACAAAUAUGUAGCAAAAAUCCUAGAAAGGGAGAAGUGGAAGUUAAAACUGAUGGAUCAAUUGUGAUACAUAGGUUGACUGCCGAAGAGAAGAAGAAGAUCCUCGAAACAACUGCUAGUGGCGUAGUCGUCGGGGGUACAGGAAACAUGAAAUUGCUUUCUAAGUUGGAUGAUGAAAUGUUUAGAAGGGCAUAUGAUAGAAGAAAUAGAACUGAAGAUAAUGAAGAAGAUAUUAAACCACCAACAGGUAACUCAAAGAACAUUACAAUUGACGGAACAGGACCAUAUACACAUAAAAGCGCUUCUAAUUUAACGAUCGACAAACCUAUGACAGUGAGGAGAUCAACAGGAGUAGCAUCUACACCUUCACUAGUCUCUCUAUUAAGAGACGACUCCUUUGACGGGGAAGUCUUUCCUCCCAAGAAUUUAAAGAUCCCAAAUGAUUUAGUCUAUACCCGUUGUUGUCACUUGCGUGAAAUUUUAUCUAUCCCAGCUACAUUAAAACAAAUUAAAAAGGGCUCAACUGAUCCUAUACCUUUAUUACAGCUCCGUAACCCUAAACCUUCUCUGGUAGAAGUAUGGUCCUUUAGUGAUUUUGUAGCAAUCAGCCCCAUAUUGUGUGUAUCUUUAGAUGGUAUUACUUUAUCAACUGAAAUGCUUAAAAUCAUUCUAAGUUCUAUUAUUAACAAACCAAAGUUUGAAAAACUUUCUCUUAGAAAUACUGUCUUGGACGAAGAAGGUUGGAAACUAUUGUGUUACUUUAUUUCCAAAGCAAGAUCUUUGGUAGCUAUUGAUUUAACGAUGGUACCCAGCAUCAAGACAAACGUUCAAAAGCCUGCAAAGUCAUCCUUAAGCAACCCCAUUAAGAGAAUGGAGUGCAGUUUGCAAAAUAGGAGCGAAAUGAAUUGGGAUUUGUUGACUGCCUCUAUUGCAGUUCAUGGUGGUCUGGAAGAAAUUGUAAUAUCAGGGGCAGAAAUGUCCUACCAACAGUUCGAGAAUUUUCUAGAUGUUGCUUGUGUUAAUACCGAAAGAUUAGGAUUAGCAUAUAACAAGUUAUCUAGUAACCAUAUGAAAAAAUUAGGGAAGUGGGUAGUUUCUUCAAAAGUUGCUGGUCUUGAUAUUGGUUAUAAUGAUUUAAACGGCAAGUUGAAGUGUUUCAAUCACUCAUUAACAGAUUGGAUAAGCAACAAGAACCAGAAAACGUCUUUCAAAUAUAUAUCGCUUAAUAGCACAAACCUAGAGGUAGAGCCUGAUGGUACAAGUGAUACAAGUGAGCCUCUACGUUUAAUUAGCACAUUAUGCUAUUGUGACACAUUAAAGUUUCUGGAUAUAUCCAACAACCCUAAGAUGUUUCCAUAUUGUACAAGGACUUUGUUAAAUUGUCUACCAAUAUUUGUCAGUUUGAUACGACUUCAUCUGGAUUUUGAGGCUUUGGAUUCAACUUCAGUGGUAAUUUUAGCUGAAGCUCUACCGUUGUGUACGAACUUGAAUUAUUUGUCAAUGUUGGGGACCAAAUUUGAUCUAGCUGCAGCAAAAGCUUUAGUGAAUGCUGUCAGAAAGAGUAAUUCUUUAAUUACUCUUGACCUAGAUACUGGUGCAUUACCCCCAAAAAUCAGUGAAAAAUUAUCCUUGUAUAUAAUGCGUAAUGUCCAAAAUGAAAUUUCAAAGAUGGAGAGCAAAUGUGUAAACACAUCCAAACCUAGCUCUGAUCAAUUUACAAACAUUCAGGAAGAGCUUUCCAGUUUAUUGAGCAACAAGGAUGUAAAUUCAAAGGCCUACAAACAAUCGGUAAGUGAAUUUAUUAUUAGAUCUAUGGCUGCUAGAGAAAAGUUAACCAAAGUUGUUCAUGAUCUUUUUGAUUUAAGGUUGCAUGGUCAAUUGAGUAGAGAAGGUAAAGAAAGUCUCAUACGUUUGUGUAUUAUUGAUUCUUGUUUCGAAAAAGGUAUUCGAUUAUUAAAAGAUAGAAGUCCAAGUACGAUAUCUAUUCCAAAGCAAAGCGAUGAAGUUUCAACUAUUGUUUCAACAGUUUUGAACCAAGAAACAAGUAGAGAUGUUCAAUCGAACGAUGAAUCAUUAGAUGGGCUUUCAGUUACGCCAGCCAAAGUUCCUGUACCUAAACAAUUCGAGCGUACGGGCCAUUCAGUUUUAUUACCAUUUGGAAGUGCUGAAGUUGAAAAUUAUUUUCCUGAUGCUCAUGAAACCGAAGACUUUACUGAAAAUAGAGAAAAGGUUGUCGAUGAGGCACACAGCCAAUCGCGUGAAGAAGGUAGUGUCUUUAAGAGAAGUGCUGAUUUCAUGAAACAGUUGGAAGAAUCUGUGGUGAAGACAGGCAUGCAAAUUAACAAAACUGCCUUAACUGACGCGGCUGAAUCAUUAGAUAGUGACCAAAUAAAAGAAUUUCUGUUAAAGAAUGAUAUUUCUACUACCGUAGAUGUUAUCGAUGAACUGCAUAAGCAAGGAUACCAUUUACAUGAUAUUUUUAAGAAAUCUGAUUCCAAGAAAACUUCAAUGGAUAAAAGUGCAAUCAUUACCAAGGAAAAGGAGUCCAAUGACCAAUCUUCAGAUAACUUUUCCGACAAAUCAGCAACAAUCACUGAAAAUAGUAACGUAUGCUUAAUUGACGACUCCAGUUUAAAUUACAAUUCGGAAGAGGAUGACGCAAUUGAUGCUGCAUAUGAUGAAGUUCUUGACAACUUAGAACGGACAAGAUCGCAUAUGUGA